GCACGUUAGUCACGCUUCACACAUCUUUCAGCAAAAUGGCGAACGCAAUGCAGCAAAAUGUUAAAACCUGGAAAGAAAGCAUCGAUGCUAAAUUGCACGAGAAAAAUGUCUUCACCGAUCUCCUCGAAAAGGUCGAGUCGAAAACUGGUGUUCGCCGACUUUACAUAGCUUUGGGACUUGUUGCAUUAGCUGGCUUAUAUUUGAUGGUUGGAUAUGGAGCCCAAUUCCUGUGCAAUUUUAUCGGAUUUCUGUAUCCCGCAUAUGCCUCGGUGAAGGCCAUUGAGAGCCCCAACAAGGAAGAUGACACGCAGUGGCUCAUGUACUGGGCUGUGUAUAGCUUUUUCUCCCUGCUUGAGUUCUUCACGGAUAUUUUCCUCUUCUGGAUCCCCUUCUACUGGCUGUUGAAGUGUAUGUUCCUGGUGUGGUGCAUGUGCUCUGCGUCCUGGAACGGCUCAGACAUGAUCUACACGCGCCUUAUCCGUCCCUUCGUCCUUAAGCACCAGAAGAAGAUUGAUGAGACUCUGGAUAAGGCUGCAGAUAAAUUCAAGGAUGUAAAAGACAUUGUAUCGGAUGAGGCUGGUGAGGCUGUUGCUGAUAUGGCCCGCCGACGAGUUACUGAAGCCUCGAAGAUGGACUAGAUCACAUCUAAACGGACAUUCUGCGAUUAGUUAUUUACCCAAUUUGUAUAAAUCCACAAAAUAAUAUAUUACUCUUUUGUAUUGUUCACUUUAGAUCUUAUUUGAAAUGGUUUAAAACACAACAAGUCUUCACUCUAUAUUAAUGUUUGUACUGUGGAUAUUAACAUUGAGAUUCUUAAGCCAAAGACUCUCACAUUAGCUAAAGGUUUCAGCAUAUUUUCCUCUCAUAAUUAUUAUUGAUUUGCUCAAAGUACUGUAACGUUUUUUCUUGUGUUUAUGACACACAUUUUUUCCUUGUGCAUAGUGAUGAAUAUUGCACGUGCACUUGGCUAGUAAUAAAAGUCAUACAUCUGUUACUAAUCUCAAUCUUAUUCCAACUUUCUGACCAAAUGUAUAUAUUUUUGAAUGCUUUAUAAUUUUGCAAUAAUUUUUUCGCUGAAUUUAAGAUUAUGAAAAAGGAUAUGUAUACAAAGUGUUGCAUGUCAUUGUGGUGUUUAUUAUACUUUGUGAAAUAUGAUUUUUUUCAAAUUUAAGCGAACUGCAAUAUUAUGUGCUUUACUUUGCUAUUGAAGAAUAGAAACAUUGUAAAUAGCAGAUGUUGUGCUUUAUUAUACAAUUGUAAGACUAAUUUAUUUAAUUGUGCAUUAUGAUUUUUUUUCCAAAUUUAGUUAUUUAUUUAUACUAAAAACCUGAUGUAUGUACAUCUUUGAGAUUUGGUUUUGAACAGGGUGUUUGUAUUUAAACCUAAAAUGUGUACCUUUCAGACAGUUUUAAAUCUUUCACUUGUAUAAUAUUUUGCUGCAGUAAAAAUUAUACAACCUGUACUGGAAUGGUAUUCGUAAAUGUUUUCAUUAGUGUAAUCAGUUAAAAUUCAAUUAAAACCAAAGUCAUGAUAAGUGUGUUUUUUUCAUUUCCAAACAAGACAAAAAAGAUACAUGUUUAGCAUAUAUCAAUGUAUGAAAAAAAUUAGAACAAGAAUGUAUAUACUUCGUGUCAGAUUAUUAAUAGUUAAUUAAUUAAAAUUCAAAAAGAUAAACACCUCGGGAUGUUUAUGAAUACUGGCCCAGUAGUUCAUGUAUGGAUUUACUGUAUAACAGUGCUGAUUGUUAUUCCUGCUGCAUGAUACGGGAAAUAUGCAAUUGUUGGAUAAGAUCUGACCUUUCAUUGAGUGGAUUAGAGUCUCACAGUAGAGUACCACUAGUAUAAGAGCGUUAUAAUUGACCAGUUACUGUUGCCUUAUCUUGCUUUUUUACUAUUUGCUACUUUGUAACAUUGGAAUCAUAUUUCAACAUCACAUCGCUCUGAUCUUUGCUGAGGAAGGAGUCAUGUCUCGGAGCUAUGAACCUAAAUGGCCAAGUCUUGUGCCAAAAAUAUUUUUUUGUCUGAAUACUUUGAAUUUAUACUUUCUCCUAUUGUUUUGAAUGGGCCAACUAGUUGGUGCACCUUUCAUCUGUCACUCUUGUUGUAGUUCUCAUGUGUUUCCGUACAGACGGUGUUGCCAUUUUAGAGAUUAAUACCAGUCUUACUGUCAUUCCCGUGUACUUUCUGUACAGACAAUGUUCCCAUCAUAGAGAUAAACAGCAGGCUACCUCUUCAGUCUUGAAGGAACAAAAAAAAAGAAAAUUCACAAUCUUAUGGCCAUUGACAUGAAUUAUAAACAUGAUUUGUUUGACAGCUUUAUAACUAUACAAGGUAGUGAUAUUUAACUUGAAACAAAUGCAAGUUUAAAAAUGAGUUUGAGCAGUUUUUCCCUUCAAAAUCGUAAUCAACUUGACCUGUUGAAUUAAAGAAAAUAAGAUGGUCAGGUUAAGUGUCUAAUAUUUCGUCUAGCAUUCUUAUCUGUGUAUUUCUUACAUAUCAUUUGAACUGUUGGAAGACGAUGUCCUUUUGUAAUGAAAUGUGUAUUUCUAUAAAUUACUUUUCCAUAUUAUAUAUUGGUCUUGUUUGGGAAAAGGGUACUGCAUGUUAUUAGAUUUUUACAAGAUAAACUUAUUUCUAUUGAUUAUAACUUGUAUUGUUACCUAGGCAACCUUAAUGAUUGAUGAGAAUUGUGAUCUCUGUUCAACUAAAAAUAAAACCUGAGAUGAUUGUAUUCAAGUUCUUUGUUGCUGUAAAAUGUACUCUUACAUUGCAGUGUAAGACUUGUUUACAAAAUGCUCCACAUACACUACAUUGUUUGCAUGUACUUUUAUUAAUGAUUUACUGAGAUCAUUUUUCUGAUUGUUGUUAUUUUUGACAUAAAAUGUUGUUCCUGCAGAUUUCAUGUGUGUGCACUAAUUAGUAUCCUUGUUAUAGUAAAUGUCCAGUAAUAAAUUUCCUCAAUAUAA